CGCCUACGCAGCAAACCUCCGUCCAUGGCUGUAUACACUCAACAAACUAGCUAGAAAGCUAGAGCUAGAUUUAUUGAUCUACAAGCUAGCGCAAAAAUAACGCUGAUUGGAGUAAUCAGUCUACUGCACCGGUGUUCAUUUGUAUAGCUUUACCAAAAUGCCACGCAAAGACCCUUGCCUAAAGCAAGCAUGCGAAAUUCAGAAGUGUCUACAAGCGAACAAGUAUGUUGAAAGUAGGUGCGAAGAUGUCAUGCGUGAGAUGCUGCGUUGCUGUUCGGUUCACGCCGAGAACUCUGUCUGCUGCUCUGGGUUUGUGCAGGACCUGAAAUCUACUGAUGCUCCCAGUGUAUAGGCUAUGCCUAAUUGGACUGUUGUGUAUAUUGAUGGAGUCACUGGAAAUUGUCAUUCAGAAUUUAUUUUGAUUAGAAUGAUAUACCAUGUAUCAUUUGCUAAAUAAAACAAUUCAAGUACCGCACAUUCCUGAUAUGGUUUUGUUUGGCCACAGGUUGCAUGGAGAACAAAUGGAUUAACAUUUCUGUCAGUGCAUUUCCUUCAGAUAUCCGUUCAGAACUGUCAAUUGACAAUUUGAAAAGUGUUUUAAUUUGGAGGAUUACUCCACGUUUGGGGUGGUUAACACUGGAGCUGUUUGUGAUUAUAUACUUGUCUGGGUACUCACACAGAAUCUAAACUUGCACUCCAUAAGCAUAAAUCUAGUACAAAUAGCCAGCCAAUGCACAGAACAUGAUUGUCUUAUUCAAUUAAAUACAAUUCAAGAAUAAAACAUUUCUCAACAUAUGAAAAUAGAUCACCUAAUUGAUAUCUGGUUGUUGAACAUAGUCACUUUGGUAUUAGGGUGAACUUGAGCAUAAAAC